AUGAACAAAGAACGCCUAACCCCCCUAGAACAAACCCUCCAAACCCACCUAACCACCCGCCUCCACAACUCCACCCUCCGCACGCUGACCCUCCCGCUCCCGCAGCAAACCGACUUCUCAUCCAACGACUUCCUCUCGCUCUCCACGUCCCGCACGCUGCGCACGCAGUUCCUCUCGCACGUGGGCAGGCACCCGCUGGGCAGCGGGGGAUCACGGCUGCUAGACGGCAACUCGUCGGUGGCAAGUGUGCUGGAAGCGACGAUAGCAGGGUUCCACGGGGCGGCAGCGGGGCUGCUGUUCAACAGCGGGUUCGACGCCAACGCGGGCUUCUUCGGGGCGGUGCCGCAGAAGGGGGAUGUGGUCGUGUACGACGACAAGGUGCAUGCGAGUGUGCAUGAUGGGAUGCGGCUGUCGAGGGCGGCGAGAAAGCUGCCGUUUGCGCAUAAUAGCGUCGAGGCGUUGAGGCGCGUCUUGCGGGCCGAGAGGGAAUCAGAGCGCGCAGGUCAUGUUUUUAUAGCCGUCGAGUCCGUGUAUAGUAUGGAUGGCGAUGUGGCGCCUUUGCGCGAGAUUGUCCAGGUGGCGGAUGAGGUGCUGGGGAGGGGGCGCGCGUAUGUGGUGGUGGAUGAGGCGCAUGCGACGGGCGUGCUGGGGCCGAGGGGACGCGGGCUCGUAAGUGAGUUGGGGUUGGAAGGGAGGGUGUUUGCGCGGUUGCAUACGUUUGGUAAGGCGUUGGCGGGGAAUGGAGCUAUUCUACUGGGAUCGCAGACGUUACGGCAUUAUCUGAUUAAUUAUGCGCGGCCGUUGAUUUAUACGACGUUUCUUUCGUAUCCGUCGCUCGCGCUUAUACAGGCGUCUUAUGAGAUGCUGAUGUCGGGACAGAGCGAGAAGCUGCAGGCGAAGCUUCAUGACCUCAUCCGGAUGCUAUACGAGAGACUCGAGGACCUUCAGAAAACUUCUAGUCAUGCGCGCCGCAUACUGAAGAUCCCGUCGGUGUGUCCCAGAUCGCCCAUCUUCGCAGUGCAGUUGGUGAAUCCAAAAGCACUUGCGAGCUCACUGCAAGAGCAGGGCAUGAUGGUACGAGCCGUCGUGUCACCGACCAUACCCGCCGGCACAGAAAGAGUCAGAAUAUGUCUGCAUGCUGGUAAUACAGUGGAAGAGAUCGAAAAACUAGUGCUGGCGCUGAAGAGGUGGUGUGAAAGUCAAGCAGAAGAGAAGACAGAACACCAACCCCUUGAUGCAUUCAAGAGAGCAAGACUCUAAACGCACGAGGCAUAUUUUUGAACAUCACAUACAUACACAUAGUUUGGACUUGAGCAGGACAUUGAACAGCUCAUUAUGUAUGAAAGAGCCUAAUCACUACAUCUA